AUGCUUUCAUCCCCUGAUUCUGGUCAUAAUCCUCUCUUGCCUAAAGACAUGGACCCUGUUUUUGGUAAAAACAGAGAAACUGCUUUGUGUGACUGGUGAGAUAAAGACACUAGUGCGCUCAGAGGCCGUCAGAAUAACAGCUAUACACGUGCCUAUAUAUGGCGUACCUGUGUCUUCGCUUCGUUCCCAGUCUCCUUGGGUCCUUUUCUAACGUUUGUUCAAUUUUAUUGCUUUCAUCAGGUACAGAUCAGAAUUAGAGGGGAUGAGAUACUUGAUUACUAUCGUAAUAUUAACAGCAGUAUUGGAAAUAGUCGGUAGUUUUCAUUCUAGAAAAGAACUGGGACGUGGUAACGAUGAAACAGUGACUGCAGAAUCUCUCGAUGCAUUGGAGCAAUUUUGUGAGGGCAGCGAGCGAUGCAAGGUAAGAACUCCACAGGAGCAAAUGUAUAAAAUUCAGACAUUGUAAUGCUGCUUCAUACGUAACAAAGGAAAUGGUGGAAUCCGCAAAGUUAAGUAAAUUAAAGAAAAAUAUAGUAGUCUUAGCUAGUUCAAGCACAAGCAACGUCCUACCACUACUCACCCCCACUCCCUAUGGAAACGGAUGAGCUUACCCAGUCCUCCACGAUCGCCACCGAUUAAUCUCUUUCCGCGUGCUGUUUCGUCGACAUGGCGUUUCGUAGUCGAACCAGCCUUUUGUUUCGUUCUUCUCUCAGCGCUUUUAGAACGGCAGCAGCUAAGAGAACAUUUACUUCUCGUUUCAAGGAAAGUGGGUCCUAUUUUAAAUUCGCUGGACCUGUUCUGAUCGGUGCUUCGGCUGCUACUGCAGGACUAUUUGCUGCAAAUCAAUUGUACAGGAACAAUUUUACCCUCAUUGGAAAUGUUCACGCCGCAACAAAGGUGGGAAUUGUGAAUGUUACAGUCAUUUAUUCUAGAAGUAUAAUUCUAUGCGCGCUUUCUCCUUGACAGCAGGGAUAACUUAAAGAUGUUCUGUACCUGAAGAUUAUUUUCGGUAUCUGAAACGAUAUUGGUCGAGUUUUUACACCCCCUGCAACCCCACUUUUUUUUAGCCUCCAAAAUAUCCUGAUAUUUACGGCCAUAUUUCGUUGAAUUCUCCUAUUAGUACGGUGAUACGACCACCUCCUCUCCUCUUCAUAUAUGAAGAAAGUGCUCACAACUCAAACCGAAAAUUGUUCAAUAAUGGUGAUGGUACUUUGUACAUUAAGUGUAGAAGAGUGUUGGCACCCAGUCAUAACCCAGUUGUCACCCAAUAGAACCUUACCUCACUUUUCAUUCAUAACGUAGAGAAAAUGUCAGGACCUUAGAGAACCAUGAAGAUUACUGAUCACUUCACAUGCACCCCCACCAAUGUCAUCUAUUGCAUAAUUUGCACUUAUGGCAAAAAGUUAUACAUUGGUGAAACAGGAAGACGACUUGGUGACCAAUUCUGAGAAAACCUUUACAACAUAGAAAGAAUGACAAGGAUGCAUCCAAACCAGUCACUAGACACCUAAGUCUCCUUAAUGAUCAUAAGAAGCAUGUGGCCGUCAAGGAUCUUAUAUGUGAACUGCAGUAUAAGAAAUAGGUGUGAUCUUCAUAGCAAUGAACACUGCUAAAGCAGUAAUGAAAGUGACCCUAGAAAAAAAAAAUCCAGGUUUAUGCAUGAUUAGAACCCAUGACCUCGACAAUACUAAUGCAGUGCUCUACCAACUGAGCCGACAAGCCAACUGGGAGCUGGUCACUAUGUUGGUUCUUACUAAACCUUUGAAGUGAUGAAUCAAUGACUGUGAACUCAGUGCAGUUUAAGAAGUGAAUAUUUGCAAGCAAUCUUCACAUUAAUGAAUACUGCCAAAGCAGUAAUGAAAAUAAGGCCUGAAAAAAAUUCAGGCCUGUAUGGGAUUUGAACCCAUGACCUCUGUGAUGCCUGUGCAUGGCUUUCUGCAGCCUUUCCUUAUGUCCAGGUAGUUGGGAAAGCAGCAAACCCUGGAACAAACAUUUAACUUUCAAAUUAGCACUAUUAAUCCCCAUGGUAUCAAGGAAUGCUUUUCAUUCAACUAAUUUGUUCUUGUUCUUCUUUUUACAAGUUCCCAACCCACAAUUUCUCCAUUCAUUCUGAUGAAGAACUAACAUUUGAAAUGUCAGCUCUGAAACUCUUUACAUUAGCCAAUUUACUUUAUCAACUCAGUUGAUAAUACUAAAUUACCUUGAACCUCACCUUAACUAGGUGAAGACCACAAGUUAAGGGGUGAUCCCAGGUGCAUGUGAUCUCACCUUUGGCAACUUUUGUUUCAUACCUCACUGUACUCAGUACUAAAACUGACAUGCUAUCAUAUGGGUAGAUAUUUUGCAAACAUCUAUUUUAAUAAUCCAGUAACUGGUCAAAGGGAGCUCUGAGAAGCUGUGUGUUCUGCUCUUAUAGGUAUACCAACUCUUGUUCAGAAACUUGAUUACAUUUGACAGCAAUUUUUUUGUGUGUUAAGGUUGAAGGCCAAGGUAAAUCAGAGAGAACCUUUAUCAUGGUCAAACCUGAUGGAGUCCAGCGGGGUUUGGUUGGAGAAAUUGUCAAGCGCUUUGAACAGAAAGGAUUCAAAUUAGUAGCAUUGAAAUUUAUGAAGGUGAGAAACAGUGACUCUGUGUUCUUAACUAUAUUUGUUCCAAAUCAAGAGCUUUUGGAACUUUUUGAUGCAAUGCUGUUCUAGCUUGUGUGAGAAUUCUUACCUGAUAGAUGAUUAAGUUUCUGAAUUGAUUACCUUGUUAUGUAUUAUCCUUGACAAAUUUUGAAAUCUUAAUUCUCACAUGAGGAACAAUUUGUGGAUUUUUGGCCAUUAUUUUGCCAUUGAAACUAUUGAUACCACUUGUCACUUAAGAGACCACAAGACUUCUUUUUGUCUACAAAACCUGGGAAGCUGCAACAUGCUUUUGCUAAAAAAUAUUUUAAUUUGGUUUUGACUCUGAUAGGAUAUCUUUGAGCUGAUUCCUUAGUAAAUUUCCUAACAGUCAUUUUGAAUUUGAUUGAAGUGCAAACCAAGGUCACUCACUAUUAUUCUAGAGCAAGGUGUUUUUUCUCUACCAUUGAUUAGUACUGGGAUUACCCCUAAUGCACUGGAAUACUAUAGGCAUUGAGUUAUGUAAUAACAACUCCACACUUUUCUUGCCAUGGAAAUUGAUAUAGUAAACCAUUUUCAUUAAUUUGUGCACUGACUUCUAUGUUUAUUUAAGGCGGACGAAGCCCUUCUGAAGGAACAUUACGCAGACCUUAGUCAUCUGCCAUUUUUUCCAGGCUUGGUGAAACAUAUGUCCAGUGGACCAGUUGUGGCCAUGGUAAGUAAUAAAUAUUUCUGUGGUGGUUAGCCUUAAUGAUGAAAGCUGAAGGUUAAAAUAUUCUAGAUUUAUAUUAAAUCUUACCAAUGUCACCUUCAGUUAAGUAAGCUGUUAAUAAAUUAUCUUUUCAAUAUUAAUGCACUGGCAAACUGACAAGUGAUAAUGAAAAUUUGUAAUUAGUGCUGAAUAUUGUUUGGAUGAACACUGAAUUCUUAGGACUUUGUAGUUAUUGGUCAGAGGAAUUGGCCAUCAGAUCUUAAGAAUUGAACAGCAGAUAUUGCAAGCCAGCAGUUUUGCCACUGCAGCCCCUAACCAUAAUCAAUCAACUUGAGUGUAAUUUUCUUGAACCUAGGAGAAUGCCUAGAUUCUGAGGUCCUCUUAAACCUGCAGGUUUGGGAAGGUCUUAAUGUUGUGAAGACAGGACGCCGUAUGCUUGGAGAAACAGAUCCAGUCAGUACAUUAAAGCUUUUUAUUGUAUCAUAAUCUUUAAUCCUGAAUUUCAAGUUCUCCAAUUAUAUUUUUAUAGAAUACACAAAUUAGUGGUUACCUGCAAGCUCAAAACUAGUGGGAAAAACUAUCUAGUAAAAAUUUAUGAAUAUAAACAUUGUGGCAAAUCUUUUUUUAAUGACUAAAUGAAGGAAAUUUUUUCUAUAGUGCACAUGCAUUUCAUAGCAGUAAGAGAAAAAGUCAUGCAAACUCUAAAUCUCUCUGUAUUCUUCAGGCAAAUUCUUUGCCAGGAACAAUCCGUGGAGACUUUUGUAUCCAGAUUGGAAGGUAAGCUGCUGUAGCCUUACUGAACCCUUGGGCAAUCAAAUUUUUUUUGUAACAUUAUUUUAUCUUUCUUUUGUGUUAUUGAAGUGAAAAAGGUGACAAACAUUUGCUGACAAAUUUUGGAUUAUCAUUGAUGUUGAAGUAACAUUUCAGUCUUUGCCUUUAAUGAUUACCACUACACCUGUAUUUAUCCCUUGACUCUGCAGAAAUAUCAUUCAUGGAAGUGAUUCAGUGGAGAGUGCUAAAAAGGAAAUAAAUCUUUGGUUCAAGAAUGACAUAGUAGAGUGGAAUCUGACAUCAUCUGGAAACAUUUAUGAGUAACGAUUGAUCUGUAAUAACUGGUAGUAAUAAAUUGAAUUCUUCACAAACUUAUUGUGUUGUAAAUCUAACAAAAAACAAAUUAAAUGAUAUGUGCCCAUGUUGUAGCAAUCACACCUUCACCUUGAAAGCCAUUCCACUCUUGAGUAAUUUUUGUUCUCCUGUAGAUAAAGCUAUGUGUCACUAGGUACCUCUUUCUGUUGCUUCUUAUAUCCCAUUUUCACUAAAGCUUAAACAUGUUUUGAAGUUGUUUUGUAAACACAGUUUAAUUUUUUUCUUUGUAGAAACUACUUAACUUAAUAUUUUUUUUACUUAAAUGUAGCACAUUGGAAAUGCAAGUUAACAAGUACUUGAAUCGUAUGGAAUAUUAAGUUUUUCAGCUCUCUGUUUAUGAUUUUCAUAUAGUAAAAACCAGUUUAACAAAAUAUGUUUCAAUGGUGUGAAUAGGGUACUAGAUAAAGAUAACUGACAAACCAGAUAUGCCUGUAGGCUUGCUCUGUACAGUCAGCUAGGCAAUCAGUAAAACCCAAGGAAUAAAUAACUCACCCAUAACACUUCUUUUGGUUCUGUAUUACAGUGCAAUUAAUUCAGACUAUAGCAACUGGAUGAGAGUCCAUUUAAACAACUCCUUUUGAUAUUUUGACUAUUCAAGUUGUAAACACAAUUUGGUAAUAUAAACCAUAUGGGAGGCUCCUCAACAGACCGUCUGUUUUCCCAUGUUUUGUAAUUCAGAUGGUAACCCAUAGUAACUGAAUGCAGAUUAUAAUUCUUUCAUUUUUUAAUCCUAAAAUCUAAAAUAAUGUGCAAUCAUCUUAAAGACCUAUUAGUUCCACAAUCAUCACAGGUCGACAAUCAAGUUGGUGUUUCUUUGCGUGAGAGCUUCAGUUUCAAUGCAUUGAGAUGCAUAAUCACAACCUCGAAAUGCAAGUCCCAUGGAGGGGGAGAGAAAUCAUGAUAAAAAUUGAAGAAAGAAUAUGAGAAUGAAUUCUUCAAAUGUUCAUGAAUAGUUUAUGUAUUAGAUGUACCCCAAACUGAUUGGGAAUGAAUAUCAUUAAUUGAAUGAAACUGUUUAAUUGUCACAUUUGAUGGGUUAGAAGCUAAUGUCUCAGAGGGCUUGCAUUCACAAGACAAGAAGGAACAGAAAAUGGAGUAUCUAUCACUUAGAGAUUAAUGUAGAUUCACACAUUUUCACUAACUUGGACAAAAAGGUUUAUAUGUUGUUAGCUUUAAAACAAAAUUAUUUUACAAAGGCAAAGGGAGUUCAUAAGCACUCCAGGGCACCACUCUCCCUGUAAUGACAGUUAUUAUAGUCUGAAUAAAAAGUUAGAAAAAGGACAACCUGUGAUGAAAUAAUUUAUCAAUAAUAGCACUCGAUGAUCAGUGUUAUACCUGUUUCACCUGUCUAUGCUGAACUAUGUUGUUGGCAUCUAAUUAAUACAAAAUUGUAAUUUGUAAAAAAUAUUGAUUCGAUUCUAUGAUCGGUAAACUUCAUUACUAUCGUAUCUCAAAUCUAAAUGAGGAUAAGGCCAACAGGAUGUGACUGCAUUUGUUAUUCCUUCCUUCUCUCCCCUCCCUCCCCGUCACCUCGGGAGUUUGUUCGAGUACCUUAUAUGGACACUGAACUUUCUUAAAGUCCCAGGGCACGUGGCGCUUAAGACUGUUCUCGAUAAGGAGCUCGUGAUUCUUGCCUCUGCUGGAACUGUUUCAAAAAGUACCCUCUGAACAUGUCGAAAGACGAGCGAACCUUCCUUAUGAUCAAACCAGAUGCUGUUCACAGAGGACUGAUAGCAGAUAUCAUUAAAAGAUUUGAACAGAAAGGGUUCAAAUUAGUCGCCAUGAAAUUUGUCAAGGUACGCUGCUUUUGUGUAAUCCCUACUCAAUGUUUGAUAGGGUAUUUCUUUGAGCGAUAAGUCACGAAAAGUUAUUUUUCAUUCUUUUAGGCAAGUGAAGAACUCCUUAAAAAGCAUUACGAAGAACUGGCAAAGAAACCAUUCUAUAAUGGCCUUGUGAAAUAUAUGGGAUCAGGCCCUGUUGUGGCAAUGGUAAUAAAUUUGAUUGUGAUCCAUCUGUUGAAAUGUUGCUUACUACUUUUCUUCAAGGCUGACUGUGACUAAAGUUCCGACCUUCUUGUAAUCAGUAGUUCUUUUUAUGGUGAUCGCCCGUCUUUUAUUACAACCUUUGAGAAUAAUGUACUCCUAAGUCAGCAACAGCAAUCAACUUACCACAAUGUCUUUAGUUCUCGCAUGUCAUCAAAAUGGAAUUUUUUUUUUGCAGUUUUAAUAAGCUAUGUAUAGAGUUCCUGUUUCACUCAGUAUAUUUGCGAUUAAUUUCGUUCGGUGUGAGUUCGAAUGAACAGUCCUUUGGCGUAAAGGGAGGGACGGAAAGGGAAGGAUGAGGGUCGAACUGAAAGACAAGGUAACCAAAAGAAAGAAAAAUAUGCAAAGAAUUGAGGAAUUAAUAAAUAAGGCUGGAUACAAAUAGAAAUGUUACCCCAGAGAUCAGAAUCUAUCACAAAUUUUGGCAGAAGGAAGAUUGAGGUACAAAGCUCGCCUUGUCAACCUGCAACCCUGAAAAUUUAAUUUAAUUUGAGUGUAUUACCAAACAGACCUCAAUUACUGUUUUAAAAGAUUGUGCUAUGUGGAAAAUGUUUCUUGUUUACUUAAUAACUGAGCUUUUCAACAAUUUCAUCCAGGUGUGGGAAGGACUAGGUGCUGUUUCAACAUGCAGAGCUAUUCUUGGAGAAACAGAUCCAGUGGGUAUUGUUGUGACAAAGGAUGACAAACUGAUAAUGACUAUUGCUCAAAUUACACUUUUUUAAAGGAAAAAUGUAUUGUAGUGAUUUGAUUUCAAUUACUUGCAGGCAAAAUCUAAGCCAGGUACCGUGAGAGGAGAUUUUUCCAUUCACAUUGGCAGGUUAGUGUUCCUUUAUGGCUCUUUUUACUGUUACUUUAACUGUUUUAUUUUUGUUCUUUUUUGGUUAGCACUCUGCAAGUAAAAAAAAAUCAAUUUUGUAUUCUCUGGCAAUAUGUCGUAACUGUUAUUCUUUGUGCUGUACACAAAAUUGAUUCCUUUGUUUUUGUCUCUAGGAACAUCUGCCAUGGCAGUGAUUCAGUGGACACAGCAAACAGAGAAAUUAAGCUCUGGUUUAAAGACGAGGAGCUUGUUGAUUGGGAGCCAGAAAUGGCAAAAUGGAUUUAUGAAUAA